AUGCAAGGAGCUAAUAAGGUGGCUAUCUGGGUCAUAACUGGCCUGGUGGCCGUCCUCACCAUGUUCUUCAACCUGUUCAUCUUCCUGAUGAGCCUGAAGAGCUAUAAGCAGAACAAACACUGGACCCCCUGUGAGACCAUCAUCACAGCCCUGUCCCUGGCCAAUGGAGCUCACCAGCUCCUCUGCUAUCUCUGGAUGACCAUGACCGAAAUAGACAAAGACUGCCGACUGGAAGAGCUGUUCUACUCCAUAAUGAUAUUGACAGUGUUCAGCCUCAAGUUCACCAUCAUGUGGACCACCUCCUUCCUGACCUUCUACUACAGCACCAAGCUGGUGAUCGAGCCCAUCCACUGCUACACCAAGAUCCAGGAGGCCAUCCUGAAGCACGUCACCACUGUGGUCCUGGUCAUCCCUAUGUGUGGUCUCAGCACGUGUCUGCCCAUGCUGACUGUACUCGUCCCUGAGAACAAUACAUCGGAAAACAAGGACUGCGGUUCCAUCAUGCCUAAUGACACCCCUGGCAUGAUCUAUAACACUGUUUAUCUAGUCCUCUCUAACAUCCUACCGGGAGUUCUGAUGGUAAAGUGUUGCAUAUCCAUCUCUGUUCACCUGGGCAUCCAUCUCCAGCACAUGAAGGCCAGUAGCAAUGGUUCCCACGCACCCAAGCUGGGCUCUGAGAUGCGGGUGAUACGCAUGACCCUCGCCCUGGUGGUUGUUUUCCUCUGUUUCAUGGUGGUUGAUCUAUAUGCGUACUAUCAGGUGACGGUGAAGAAAGAGAAUGCUAUUCUGCUCUCUUUUCUCUUCACCUCCAUCUAUACCACUUUCAGUGCCUUGGUUCUUAUCUACGGUAAGAAGACAUUCUGGAAGGUUCUCCUCCACUCUUACAAUGUUGGCCUGGAUGAGUUUCCCUGUCUGUCCUGCCUAAAGGUACCAGAGACCAAACGCAAACCCAGCUCUGCUCACACAGUCAAACACUGA